AGAUGGCCUACCCCGCGGAUUGCCCGUCGUUGGCUCUGCAUUCCCUCUCGUUUGUCGCCGAAAGUCCAGAGAUCCAAUUCCUCCCACCCACCUUCUCCGAUUCCGAUUCUUGCCGACUUUCUUCUCGCGUUUGCCUCCGCUGUUCGAUUCCUAGGAUUGUGGGUUUUCUUGGAUUCGUCUCCGGCGAGAGAGGAGUAAUAGGAGGGGCCGAUUGCGUGGAGUCGUGCUCGAGGGGUUUCGAGCGGUAUGGUUCGGUUGACGAAUUUCGGAAAUCUUCGGCCGGAAUCGGAGAUGCCGAACAAGGAGGUGGCGAUGGAGGCGCCGCCGCCGACGGCGGUGCCGGUGAAGUUGGAGAUCGAAGACCCGUUGGAUGAUAAGCAUGGGCCUCUCAACAAGAAAUCCAAGGUUACAGCUCCUCUUCAUCAGCAGUGGAACACAAGUGCAAAUAUGGUCGCAUCACAGGCUCUGCAAUGUAAUUUGCUUGAUGAACCAAGUCCAUUGGGUCUGCGCUUGAGGAAGAGCCCUUCUUUAGUGGAUUUGAUUCAGAUGAGACUUUCUCAACCCAAUACGAGUGGUGAGAGUUCUGAUGUUGGAAAAAAGAAGGUUGCUAGGUGUAUUGGUGCUUCAGCCACUACUGACAAGAUGAAGGCUUCAAACUUUCCUGCUUCCCUUUUGAGAAUAGGGGCUUGGGAGUAUGCAUCGGCAUAUGAAGGUGAUUUAGUAGCGAAGUGUUAUUUUGCAAAACACAAGCUUGUAUGGGAAAUUCUUGAUGGUGGUCUGAAGAGCAAGAUUGAGAUACAGUGGUCAGAUAUCACAGCUUUGAAGGCAACUUGCCCUGAAAAUGGGCCAGGGACCUUGGAUAUAGUGUUGGCUAGGCAGCCUCUUUUCUUCAGAGAGACUAAUCCACAGCCUAGGAAGCAUACUCUAUGGCAGGCAACUUCAGAUUUCACUGGUGGGCAAGCAAGCAUACACAGGAGGCAUUUUCUACAGUGCUCACAAGGCUUGUUAAGCAAGCAUAUUGAGAAGCUUAUCCAGUGUGAUCCACGUCUAUAUGCAUUGAGUCAGCAGCUGAAUAUUAUUUUAGAAAAUCCAUACUUUGAACCAAGAUGCUCUGAUUUUGAGGACCAAGUUGAAUCUGAAUGCCAUGGUUUCGGUAAUAUAAGGGAUGCUUACAGAUCCCCAGUGCAAGGAUUUCAAGAGUCUGGAUCACCUUGUUCUGGUUCAUCAAUAUCCACUAAGAGUGAAGCAAAGGAUCCUGUUGGUAGGACAGCAGAUGUUGUGGCACAGGACACUUAUUCACCUAGUUCAGUGGUGGACACUCGGGUGAUUGAAGAGAAUGCUACUAGAGAAACUGAAGAGUUCAAGGAUCCUGGCCGCCACGACCGGUUCAAAGUGCCUGGAAUCCAGCCAUCCAUGUCCAUGAGCGAUUUAGUAAACCAUAUAGGGUAUUGCAUUUCGGAACAGAUUAAUUCAGGAAAUCCACUAUUAUAUGGUGAUAAUCUAGCAACCAAAGAUGUGCUGGAGGAGAUAACCCAAUACCUUCUCAGUGAUUCCCAGAUUUUAUCUUCUUCUGAUGAAAGAUCCCUCAUGUCAAGGGUCAAUUCUCUUUGCUGUCUGAUUCAGAAGGAUGCUGGCACAGCUCAAAGCCUGCAGAUAAACAAUGGUGACAGUGCUGCAGGUGAUGAUGUCACAGAUAAUGCUUCAAAGCCAGGUUCAACAUCCGAGAGGAAGCCAUUGUUUGAUUUUCCAGCUACUUCAAAAUCAGGUUCAACAUCUGAGAGGAAGCCAUUAUUUGACCUUCCAGCUACAGAGGAAGAGUCUAAUGAUGCUUCUGGCUGCAAGCAGCAAGUGAACAUCUCCAGAAAAGAAUCAUUUGGAGAGCUGCUGAUGCAUCUUCCUCGCAUUGCUUCAUUGCCCCAGUUCUUGUUUAACAUUUCCGAAGAUUCUGAAAACGAGGCCAGAUAAUGCAACUGAAAAUCUAUCAUGUAAAAUUACAUCAAGUCUCAUUUUGUGCUGCACCCGUUCUCCCUUUCUCUGUAGUGUAUACAGAGCAAUGUAGGUAAGGUGUCAGGGUUCAAAUAUGGGCAAUGUGAUAAACUUCACAUCAUUCAAUAAUGUGGUAAUUCGCUGGAGUCUUGUUUCUGUAUGCUGAUGUGAAAAUAUAUCCUUUAGGAGCUUUAUGUCUUCAUGUAAAUUUAUGCUCAGAAUAUCAAAUUAAGGUUGUGUUACUUGGAUACUCCCUUUAAUGCUCAUGAUCUGGUUUAUUUCCCCAUGG